UAGUAGGAUCUCGCUUGCCAUAAAUAUAAAACUAUAAAACCCUUCACUUUCAGUGACCUAGCUAGAGCACUUUUCUAGCCGCUUCAUAUAAUUUCCUUCUCUUCCAAAACUCAAUCCCUUCUCCAAGAGCUUCUCACGAGUAUGGCAUGCUUUAACAAAGUUGGAACAAUGCUAAGGCAAAACAUAUCUGCCUCUAGUGCAAUUAGUGGGCAAUCCUCGAUGUUUAAUGCUAUCCGCUGCAUGUCCACCAAGCUUUUCAUUGGAGGGCUUUCUUACGGAACUGACGAACAGUCUCUCAGAGAUGCCUUUUCUAGCUUCGGUGAUGUUGACUCAGCAAAAGUUGUAGUCGACAGAGAUUCUGGAAGAUCAAGAGGGUUUGGUUUUGUGUGUUUCACUAGCGAAGAGGCUGCUAACUCGGCUCUAUCAGCAAUGGAUGGACAGGAACUGAAUGGUAGGAACAUCCGCGUGAGCCAGGCCACGGAGAGACCUCCUCGCAAUAGCUAUGGUGGUGGGGGUGGUGGGAGUUAUGGAGGCAAUAGCUAUGGCCGUGGUGGUGGUGGCGGCGGCGGCGGCGGUUAUGGAGGCGGGUACGGCAACAGAGAUGAUAGUUACUAGUCUACAUAUUUUGCUUGCUUGCUUAGUUGUUUUUGGCUCUACUAGUUUAACAUUGUAGGACACAAAGUAGCAGUCUUGCAUUGUUUUCCCUUUAACAGUGUUCCUUUUCAUUUAGUUGUAAUAAAUAGAGGAUGAUUUCGAGUU